UAUGUUCAGUAGACAAAACUCAGACUGCAUGUUCCAUGCAUCCUUUAUUAGUUAUCUGCCUGGGGAUGAGGCUACACAUCUUCUGGCUUUGUAGGUUGCAAAUUCAGUGAGAAAAUAAAACUUGUGGUAAUAAUUAAAGUAUAUAUAUUUCCAAAAGCCAUCAUGUCCCAACUGCAGCAAGGAAUGGGAAUGCUCAUCGCUACCUUUCAUAAAUACUCUGGCAAGGAGGGAGACAAAUUGACUCUUUCCAAAGGAGAGCUAAAAGACCUGCUCAACGCCGAGAUGGGAGACAUUCUUGGCAAAACCCAAGAUAAAGUGGCACUGGACAAGAUACUUAAGAACCUAGACGCUAAUCAGGAUGGUACCGUGGACUUCCAAGAGUAUAUCACCCUUGUGACCGGCAUUACCAUGAUGUGCAACGAAUAUUUCACAAAAAACCAUAACAACCAAAACAAUGCAAAACACACACCAAUUGUUUUUGUAUAUUUUUUUGUUCCUUCGAUAAACAGAAAGAAAUGUUUGCCAUCUUACAAUGAUAAAUGCAUGAAACAGAUAAUUGUUUGAAAUAAACUAUUUUAAUACGAAUUAAAGACAGGCUGUGUUGAAUAAAA